GCGAUGACGAAGAGUUGUUUUGUUUUGGUUUACCGUAAGUGUUGAUUUUAUUAAACACGGAAAAAUGGAUCCCGGACCUAGCGAGCUUUCGUUGGCUGAAAUUCGUAAUUUUAUGUUGAAAAACAACUGCAAAGUGACAAACCAUGCUUUAGUGAAGUAUUUUCGUGUUUUCCUUACUAAUAAAGAAACGCAAGAAGAGGCCAGAAAGCUGUUCAAAAGCUACGUCAACACAUUGGCUUCGAUCAAGAAUGAAGGUGAAGAAAAAUACCUCAUUCUGCGUAAGAAAUACAUUACCGAGUGCCCUUCAGAGGAUUCACUUAACUCCAGCUACACUCCGAUGAGUCCUGGAUCGAGAUCUUUUUCGGUUGUUCCAUCUGAUGGUGAAGGAUCUCCUUUUAAGCAACCACCACCGUACCGUCCGCCUCCGGAAGUGUUUGAUCAGAGCCCCAAUCCGUACCAAUAUCACGGAAGUCCUCGAGGAAGUGUUGUUACUUUGUCGCGUAAAAACAGUUCAGACACUGGACGUAGUGGAUCCGAAUACAGUUUCGGCAGUGAGUUGGUCAAUCUCGGUGAAGGGCGUAAAAUUGUUGGCGGUCAUGUACUCGUAAGAAGUGAUAGUAAUAACGAUUCGCGGAAGUUCUCGGAAGUGUCUCGUAAACCAAGUGUCGAGUUGUAUCGUUUUGACAGUUCAGAUGAACCGCCACCGGCCAUCCCUCCGAGAAAACGGGUCAGUGUAGAUCAAGGCAGCCUAAGGCAGGUGUCCGUUGAGGAGAAAAUUCCACAACCUGUUAAAGCAAACCCAUCAGUUUUGGAAAAAGUUGAUCCCGGUUCCAAUAAAGAAAAUGUGCAAAGUGAAGCUGCUGAAAUUUCUACUGGUGACAUCAAAGAAGACAAAAAUACCGGUGAGCUGCCGGAAGAAAAUAAACUGAGUGUUAAAGAAAAAAUGAUGAAAUUCAACCGGUUUGCAUCGGAAGAAGAAGCGAAAAUUCCAUCGCCACUGGGAAAGAAAAAGCCGGAUAAGAGCUUCGAUGAAACCUUGAGUUCGGAAAAUUUGUCGCAGCAUCCAAAAGCGAAGGAGUGGCUGAUUGCGGCUGCCAAUGCCAACUACCAGGAGCUGGCCAAACUCUCCACCGACCAUCCGAAUCUGGUCAAACUGCAGGACAUGAGCACGACCGCACUCCACUGGGCCGCCAAGCAUGGCAAUGAAGACGUCGUAAAAUUGGUAGCUGGAACUCUUAAAGCAGAUGUCAACGCUAGAACGAAUGGGGGAUACACCGCUCUUCAUAUCGCGAUGCAGUUUGGACGCAAUGACAUUUUUGAACUUCUUUGCAACGUCUACAAAGCGAAUCGGGAUCUGCUAGACUGGAGCGGCAAGAAAGCCCUGGAGUAUCAAAAACAGAUGACUAGUGUGUCCGCGUCCACCUACAGCAAAAUACAAGCUAUGAGACUACAGGCCCUGAACAGCGGUAGUUCCACAUGGAGUAUCGGAUAUUGGAGUACACUUUUUGGAGGAGACGUUUCAAGUACAAAUUUAAUUAGAAACUUCAGCUCAACGGUUGGUCCUUUUUUACUAGCAGGGGAAAACGAAAGUCAGCCAAUAAUAUGCCUUGCGUCUCAAGAAAUCAAAGCCAGGAAAAAGCAUACAGAAAAAGACUCGGGAUUCCUGAGGAUUGGCUCUCUGAACGUUCGAGUGAAGAAAACGACCGAAGCCUUCAGCAACUUUUUGGGGGUUGGGACCAACACGACGCGUCUUCCUGCGAACCUGAGGACUAGCGCACCUGUCAAUGCUGCCUACUUCGAUCAGCUUCACAAAACUUGGGGCUCUGCCGACAACAUACCGCAUCAAGAAGGCUCCAUGCCGCCACCAAAGUAUGGAUCCGUGAAAAAACGACGCCCCAAAAGAGAUGCAGACUACGACCCGGCAAAUGAUCACUUCAGUCAAAGUGUACCGUCAACGCCGAGUCAAACGAGAGCACCGAUUGGAAUUUUAACGGAAAAUCCCGAAUCGGAAUCAGAAAACCCAGGCGAUUCUGACUCAGAUACCGCCUGUGGAUUCGACUCCAAUUGGCGACCUACUUACGCGUCUGAUUUCAAACCAUACUAACUGGUAUUGCAGUAUAAAAUACCUAACUAUUCAUAAACGAUGUUAUUUUCAAAGUGUCGGCAUUUACUAUAUUUAGUUCAAACUUUGUUCCAAUAUAAACUAACACUUA